AUGACGCUCCUCAACGAUAUUCUCAACUCUGUCGCCGAUGCAUCUCCUCUAUCCAAGAUUGACGGACAAGAUGCACAGCAAUUCAUCCAGGACCUCGUAUUCCGAGCAGCCUCGCAAGACCCUGACGCAGGCUACAACGCCAUGUUCUACAACAAAGCGCAAGUCGCGGCGAAACUCUCCAACGGUGGGUACUUUGCCCAGGGCGGACGCACCAGCAACAUCUAUCCGGGCGAGAACACGACCUAUACGUUCGAAAACGGAACGUCUGUCACCGUAGAUAACGUCGCACUGCUGAGAUAUGACUUCACCGGUGCCACCGACAAUCAAUACUUCAUCAAUCGAUACGCCGGUACAACUAGCUUUAGCGCAAAUAAAAUCAACAUCCCGAAUGCACCGUCUGGAUAUCCGACAGCGGUCGUCGCAACAAAAGACGGCACAUUAGCCGGGUACUAUCUUUCAGGCGACGGCCUAGAUGAUAUUGCAGUGCUCAGCGUGCUCUCGUUCUCUCCCAGCAGUGUGAAAGAGUACCAAGCCGUAGCCGAGACCUUCCUCGCCGACGCCAAACGCGAUGGCAAGAAGAAGCUCGUCGUAGACCUCAGCGCCAACAACGGGGGCUACGUCCUCUCAGGGUACGACCUAUUCCGCCAGCUCUUCCCGCAACAUGAGCAAUUCGGCCUGACGCGUUUCCGCAACAACAAGAUCCAAGACACAGCUGUCAAGAUUAGCCAGAAGAUUGUGCCUGAGCCUUUUGAUCCGGCGAACGGAGCUAUGGAGCAGGUUCGUGCGUACGAGAAGAGCUGGUGCUAUAAGCACGAUCUGGACCAGGAUGGGAAGAAGUUCAAGAGCGCGGAGGAAAAGUGGGCGGAUCAUAAGGUUGGGGAGUCGAGUUAUAGCUCGCUUUUGCAGUGGGAUUUGAGUGAUCCGUUCUUGACGACGCAGGGGCCAGUGGCGUUUGGGACGGAGAUUACCGGGUAUGGGAAUAGGACGAACUUCACGCAGCCGUUUGCUGCGGAAGAUAUCAUUAUGGUAAGUCACUAG